UGACUUGGAUCAAAAGCGUCAAACUUUACAAACAUAAAGGACUUUUGUGUUAGCAAUAAUGUUUAAGGGACCAAAAUUGAACUUGAUCUUACACACAAUUAAGGGACCGUUUUGAUUUUUACCGCUCAAAUCUCCUGAACUAUAUUAGCAGGGGAAUUGACCCGAAUGCAUCUGCCCCGGCACAAUGCUCCGUUUCUUCUCCCGCCAGGAAAAGCAAAUUCUCUCACUCUCCGUCACGCGCCACCUCUUCUCCGCCGCCGCCGCCGCCGCCGCCGUCCCGACAACCAUCACCGCUUCUUCAAAUCUCUAUUCAAAAUACUCCUUCGUACCUCCACCUUCCUUUAAACCCCAAAACCCUAAUUCCACUCAACCCCACUCUCAAUCACCUCCCAAAAAGCAGCCCAAACCCAGGUACCGUCCGCCGUCAUCACUGGACCGGACCGGCGAGAAACCGGUUCAAUCCAGUUUGCCAUUCGACUUCCGUUUCAGUUACACAGAGAGCAGUACGGAGGUGCGGCCGAUUGGGCUUCGCGAGCCUAAGUACUCGCCUUUUGGGCCUGGAAAGUUGGAUAGGGUGUGGACUGGAGUUUGUGCGCCUGUGGUUGACCCAAAAGUGGGGUCUGCUGAAGAUGAGAAAACUGUGGAGGAGAAGAGGAGGGUUAUGAGAGAGAGAAUUCAAGGAGAGCCUUUGACGAAUGCUGAGAGAAAAGCUCUUGCGGAAACAUGCCAGAGGCAUAAAUCCAAGCGCCAAGUCAAUUUGGGGAGAGAUGGCUUAACACAUAACAUGUUGAAUGAUAUUCAUAACAACUGGAAACAUGCUGAAGCUGUAAGAAUAAAAUGUAUGGGCGUGCCUACAGUUGAUAUGAAGAAUGUUUGCACUCAGUUGGAGGAUAAGACACUUGGUAAAAUCAUCCACAGACAUGGUGGUUUACUUGUGCUCUAUAGAGGAAGGAAUUAUCAUCCCAAGAAGAGGCCUGUUAUCCCCUUAAUGCUAUGGAAACCUCAUGAGCCUGUAUAUCCUAGGCUUAUAAAAACUACUAUUGAUGACUUGAGUAUCGAGGAAACCAAGGAAAUGAGAAAAAGAGGAUUAGCUGUUCCGGCAUUAACAAAACUUGCCAAAAAUGGUUACUAUGGCAGUCUUGUACCGAUGGUACGUGAUGCUUUUCUCACUGAGGAGCUGGUUCGGAUAGAUUGUAAAGGCCUCCCAAAGAGCGAUUACAAGAAAAUAGGCUGCAAACUGAGGAAAGAGAUGUAUGCAUUAUAGUACUCAAGUUUUUGGGACCGAACAAUUGCAGUGGCUAUGUCCAAAGCAUGAGGGAUCUGGUCAAAUUGAGAACUUGCUAUGGAGACAGGUUCUUGAUCCGUGGACCGAAUGUCCACCUGGCUAAUCCGUCUUGAGUCCAGGAACCACAGCCAUAUUUUCUUGAAUCAACAAAUAAAUUGGUUGAUAAAUUCUUUUCCAAUAAUGAAAUAAAUAAAUCAAGAAUUAAUAAGAAAUAUUCACUUUAUUUCAACUAUAGAAUAGUCACAUUUAUUGUAUGCUGGUAAAAAAAGAAGUUUCAUAUUUUGCUGGCGGACUCAAGCUGGUAACAAUACUCAUUUUGUACCUGUGCUAUGUCUCUAUUAAUGUCUCUUCUGUAUCUUUUCAUUUUUUCCCCUCAACGAACAAUUGAUCUUUGCCCUUAUUUAGUCAUCUUCAUCGUUGACCAGUGGUGGUUGCUCUAGUGGUGAGAGUUCUUUAGGAGUCUGAAUCACCAAGGAAGAAAGUGGUGAAAACCACUCUUGGCCCCUGGGGAUAGGGAUUUAGAGGGGUGAAUUUACCAAAUCAGAAAGACGGAUGAAACAAUCAUGGUCAUCACUCAUCUUCUACUUGUUUACUUUUAGAGCUCUUUGCCUUCAUGACAUGUAGUGGUGUGUUAAUAUUCCUGGAACUGCAGUUAAUUGCAUAUUAGUUUGGUUGUCUACCUCCUUCAGUUUACUUGCUUUGCUACUUGAAAUGAAGACCUCAACUUAGAAGGGCCAGAUAUUUGGAAGAAUGCUGUGAUAUCCAUUUGGAAAGUAUAGUGAUUGGCAUGCUUCUAAGACCAAAUUUUAAUUGAUGUUCAAAGAAUGUUCUGAUAUCCAUGUGGACGAUAUAGUGAUAGGCUUGCUACUAAGACUAUGUUUGAGUGGAUUACGUUAUGUCA